AUGGAUUUUGAGUCCCUAGCUUACCAGGAGACAUUUGAAAGUGGCGAGGUUAAAAUGCGGAGAUUAGUGAUCUGUUUCCUUCUCGGUUUUUCAUCGCCAGCGAAUAAGUACAGCAGAAAACCAGCAGAAGAACAAGCAGAAGAAAGAUUCUUGUCCACUGCCUCUUCGCCCCCUCCCGAUCUCCGUUCUUCCUUCUCCUUCUCCAUGUCCCAGCCCUCUCCUCCUAAACCCUGGGAGCGAAACGGUACUAUCAGUGCUCCCUCUAUCCUUUCAUCACCCCCUGUACAAACAAUGACCGCCCCGGCAACGCCAGUAGCUUCGGCCACAACAACAACAGCAGCAGCCCCUGGUGCCCCAGCGCUCCCGGCACGGCCGUCGAGUUUAACAAACGCAAAUGCCAACCGCUUCGGUGCCGCCGCGACAGCGGCUGGUGGCGCGUAUGGAGCCUACAAUCGACCACCUGGCUACGGUAUGGGCGCCGGCUAUGGAGCAAUGAGUUCAUACUCAUCACCAUAUAGCCGAUUCGGAGGUUAUGGUGGCAGCAUGUACGGCGGUGGGAUGGGGAUGGGGAUGGGAAUGGGUGGGCUUGGUGGUUUUGGAGGAAUGGGCGGAUACCCAGGUGGAGACCCCAAUGACCCGAGCAGCCUUACCCAGGGCAUGCAGAAUAGCACCGCUGCAACUUUCCAGAUGAUUGAGAGCAUCGUUGGUGCUUUUGGUGGGUUCGCUCAGAUGCUUGAAUCGACAUACAUGGCGACACACUCUUCGUUUUUCGCUAUGGUACAAGUCGCCGAGCAAUUCGGAAACCUCAAAAAUACCCUCGGUUCCAUUCUUGGAAUUUUCACAAUGAUGCGGUGGGCCCGCAUUGCUCUUGCCAAACUCACUGGCCGACCUUUACCUGCAUCAGCAAGCGAGUUGACGGCCUCCAACUUUGCCGCCUUCGACGGUGUUAACGGAAAGAGCGGCCGAGCAGGUGUUCCCAAGCCGUCGAAAAAGCCCCGACAGGAGGCUGAGGAGCGAAGAAGGAUUGAGGCUGCUGGUGGCCCCGAAAUGUUUGCUGCAGGUGGUGCAGCCAGCAUGGACCCCACCAAACUCGAGUUUUGCCGCGCAAUGUUCGACUUUACACCUGAGGUCCAGGGUGGAGUUGAAUUGGACGUGAAGAAAGGGGACCUCGUUGCUGUCUUGAGCAAAUGCGAUCCCAUGGGCAAUCCAUCGCAGUGGUGGAAGUGCCGUGCUAGAGACAGCCGAGUGGGGUAUCUCCCAAGUCCCUAUUUGGAAGUUAUCACCCGGAAGAAUGAGCUUGCUGCCGCAAGUGGUGCGAAGCAAAUCACAGACGGCUCAGCAAGCAGAACAGCAACAAUGACAAGCGAGAUGGCGGGAGAAAUGGUAAAAGACACAAAGCCAGGCGAUAUCAGUAUCGAGAGCUUUCAGAAGAGCCAAUUUUUCUCGUCAUAA